GACAUUCAACUCUAGGUACACCGGAAGUGAUUCAGAUGAGCGCCAUAUACAAACUUCGAAAUCUCUGCAGUCGGUGAUAUUGAUCAAGAUAUAAUGGAGUCUGAAGUUUUGGAAAUAAUGAAGAUAAAGGAAAACUUUGAUCCUAGUCUGUAUGCACAGAUGGAGUUGGUACAGCAGCGCAAGAUGUUUGUGAAAACAAAUUAUUUCUUUGUGAAUGCUAAGAAGCAGUUCCUCAAGAGCCUCUACAUGGAUCCUAGCAACUGGCUGACUACAGAGCAAGCAGAUGCCGAGUUAGAGGAAGCGUCAUCAGAGUUGCAGGAAGUGAAGAGUGAAAUAAAAGAUGUCAAGACGGCCAUUCAGUCUCUGUGCGAGUCUGCCGAGGAAGGCUUCUCCUUGCUGACACAGAAACAACAGUUGCUAGAGGAGAAGAAGCAAGAACUAGAGGAGAAGAAACUAAAACUGCAACAGCGGCAGACCAAGAAUUCCACUACACAGCUGGCAUCUGAUGACACAGAGGAGGGGAGCACUGGUCAAGAAAUUAUCAACAAUCUGUCAACAAAGAUAGAGGCUGUGGAGUAUGCCAUCCUGAAGUGUGAUGAAGCAAUAGAUCAAGUGACCUCUCAACUGCAGUUGAUGCAGCCAACCAUCAAGGCUAUGGAGCAGACGGUCUCACUAAACACAAACAGGCUAAAGCAGAUCACUGAAGAGCAGAAGAGGAAGAAGAGUGUCAUGUCACAGCUUGCUAAACGCCUGGAGGAGCUUGUGGGCAACAUGGAGUCCGUGAGUGGGCUGACGGUGAUCCCCCUGAGCUGGUGUGGUAUGCGGGUGGAGUUUCCCCGGGCAGGGACUGACGGGGUGCAGCUGGCUCUGUCCCUGGAGUACUCAGAAAACAACCUGGGUGACCUAGUGCUGAAGUCUGCGGAGGUGAAUGUCGACUCCAUAGACGUGUCGGAGAUGCUACAUGAGGCUGUUGCCCACAAUGAUGUGCCAGCACUUGUCACAAAGCUCAAGUCGCGGUGGCUGUCCCACCAACCAUUACUGACAGAGGUGUCCCAACUCCGACUGAGGUAUGCUAUUGACUGGAUACAAGAGGAGAAUAUUUUGCGAGUGAUGGUCGGGCGCGGAGGGAGCAUCGUCUGCACACUUAUCAUACCAUCGGGGUAUCCUCUGUCAGGGGAGGUAACUCUGACUGACAUCAAGGGACAUUCGGGUACAGACCUAACAGACUUGCAGCCAGCAGGGUGUGAGAGGGGCUUGACUGCCUGGGCCGAGAUGCUGGAGGAGAAGUUCGGGCGGCCAUGAUCACGUCACAUCACAGCUGUACAGACAUUACAUUGUAAAUAUCAUCACUUUUGUAGAUAUGGCAAUAAAUGACAACUCAAC